UAUAAUAAUCAGACUGAUCGUUCUACAUUAAGCAUCGUCAUGCCCGACCUUCGGACGCUGCCAACCACCCCCACGGCGGGCGGCUCGGUCCAGAAAGCUACAAACCCCAAAUAUCCAUACAGCUACCAUGAAAUCGGCCUCCUCCAUAACACCAGAACAAUACCUAUCGCUCCCUGUCCUCUGGAAGACUAGCAAGAGGACUACUCUCAAGCUGGAAAAUUAUGAUCUUCACGCCUGGAAGUUGAAAGCAGAUGAAAAGCUUAAGGGCUAUUCAUCCUGGAACACGUAUCUAACCAACUUCACAUUGGAUUUGGACUCCAUCCCGGAGUCCACUUUUGCGCCGGCUCUUUACUUUCAGCGACUCGUUAGCGAUACCUCCUCGGACGGACCAGUUCCAGAUGUUACAUUUUCUCCCGUUACGAGCCGUACUCGCACGAAGACAGGGAAGCUGCCUCAAAAAAUGGCUAAUUUGUACCUACAAACCCCGACGAAGUCUACGGGGAAGGAUCUCGGUACCUUCGACGAAGAGGAGUCCGCAGACGAGGGGACAGCCGCUAGCGCGCCAGUCGCCGAGAGUCCUGGUCCAACCGAAAUUCUUGACCAGAUGUACAAGCCGACAAAAGAUGAGGAGAUUGUCACGGCGGCGCUCUCGAACUUUCUGGUUGGGCUGACGCUCCAUUUUAGUAUAUCCAAUCGGUGGACCGUACACCGAAAACCAUUCAAAGCUGACUUUCACCAUGCGUCGUUCGAAGCCCGAGUUGAUGGGUACCUCGAGGAUAGAGGGCCUGCGGGAGUUGCGAAGGUUCGCGCCCUCAUUGAAGUGAAGCCAGUCCUCCGGAAAAAGAAAAGAGUACGAAUCUGUAUGCAGGAGGCUGCGCAAAUGGUGGCAUGGCUCAAGAACAGUCCAGAUCCCAACGGAACUCUAAAUUACAUUGGCCGGUACAUAUUCAUUUCCUUGGUGCAAGGGAAGCCAACUGACCCCGGUUCGCAGCCGUCUCCACGUGUCAGAGAACCGCCAUGAGGUAUAUAUCAUCUUUGCGGAAUACUCUGAGGAGUAUAUGAAAUACCUGGACAAUAGCCAACCUGUGGA